AUGAAAAACGAUUUAGAUGCCAAGAUUGAGAACCUCUCCAAUGUUUCCAGCCCUGAUAACUCUGCUAAAGGAAACGUGUCAAAGGAGAUCCCUGUUCCCUCAAAACCGGAAAUGGAUACCUUUUAUGCUAAACUUAGUAAGUCUAGUAGCAAGCCCAUCGCUCUAAGCUUAAUACCCGAGUAUGCAGACAGCUAUAUCCUCAAAAGUCGCUGCGUACCUACAAUUAGCGAUCUGUUUGAUAAGAAGUACCUCGCUCUGAGUUAUCCUGAGUUAUUAAAAGCUUGUCAAGAGGUAGAUAUUGAGAUUACAAAAGAACAAAUCUUACAAGUUGAGAGAGAUACUGUCGCACAAGCGAAGGGUAACAGUUUCUUCAGACAUAGAGCUGGAAGAAUCAGGGCCUCCCAGAGUAAGGCUGCUUGUCAGACAAAUCCAGCCAUGCCCUCCCAGUCACUCAUUCAGUCUAUCUGCUAUCCUGAAUUAAAUAAACUGAACACCAAAGCUAUAAUUCAUGGGUGUCAACAUGAACAGGAAGCAAUUAGUGCUUAUGAAGAGAUAAUGAAGAAGGAACAUAUCAACUUCAAAAUUGAGAAAUGUGGCCUUAUGAUAAACGAAGAAUAUCCAUGGCUGCAUGCAACUCCCGAUUUCUUAUGUUCAUGCGACUGUUGGGGAGAAGGGUGUGGCGAGGUGAAAUGCCCCCUUUGCAUUGAGAAUUGUGAUUUUGAUAACUAUGUAAUGAAACCAUCUUCCUGUCAGGAAAAAAUAGGCACUGGAAAUUUCAGUUUAAAGACAAACCAUCAGUAUUAUUUUCAAGUACAACAACAGUUGUUUACACGCAAGAGGCUAUAUUGUGACUUUAUAGUGUGUGCAUUUGGACAUGUGGGAGAGGCAAAGCUAGUAACACAAAGGCAUUUCCCUGACAAAGAUCAUUGGGAAGCCGUUUUACCUAAACUGACCAGGUUUUGGAGGACUUGCAUAUUACCCGAAGUUUUAGGGAGAUGGUACACUAGGAAACAUGACUUUGGUGAUGUUAAGCCAAUGGAAGCCCAUUCUGUUCGCUUUUGCCGAACUGUGACAGCUGAAGACACAGUAAGCUGCUGUAAUGCUAAUUGUCCUAUUUUGAAGUUCCAUUUGUCAUGCUUAGGUAUUUGCAGCAUACCUAAAACAUGGUACUGCCCCAACUGCAGAACACUGCCUGAAUUCAAAUGCACAAAGAAGUCCACUCAAGCUGGCAAGAAACAUGUAGCACCUUCAGAUGCCCUUAUCUUGGAUUCUAUUUGUGUUUGCAAAAAGAAGCCAAGUGAAACUGAUAAGCUCUUAGAAUGUCACAAUGAAGGUUGUAAGAAUGGCAGAUUCUUUCAUUUGGCUUGCAUAAAUCUUAAACGUAUGCCAAACACCAGUAAAACAACAUGGGUUUGUCGAGCUUGUAAACAGAAGAGUUCCAGUACUGAAGAUGGAGUGAAGUUUGUAAAAGAGGUGAAAAGUAAAACCCCCAUUGAAAAGUACAAGCAAUAUGCCAAACUGGGGCAGGCAGAAUAUGACCUUAUCAUGUCACCAACAGGAUGGUUAGAUGGUACAAUAAUACAUGAGGCUCAAACCAUCUUACGGCAAGUCAAUAGCAGCAUACAUGGCUUCCAACGACCAACACUCGGGCCUAUCAAGCAGUUUGAUAUAAUGACUGGGGACUUUAUUCAGAUUUUGAACAUCAAUAACAAUCACUGGAUGUGUGUCAGUUCAAUUGCCUGCCCUCCUGGACAUGUAAAUUUAAUGGACAGUCUUGCUAAGCCAGUAAUUUCAAAGGAACUUAAGGAACUGGUAAAGGCUUUGCUUGGUCCAAACUUUCAGGGCAUUUCUAACAUCCCAGUACAGCAGCAAAUGAAUGUCAGUGACUGCGGAGUGUUUGCCAUAGCCUUUGCAACAUGUCUUGUUUAUGGACAAAAUCCAUGUAAUGUGAUUUUUGACAUUCCUAGGAUGCGCCAACACUUGCAUAGAUGUCUGAGAGCUGGCAUGAUGCAGUUGUUCCCUACCACUUGA